UGCUCCGAUGUAGCAGGAUUAUAAAACUGGCGUAAUCCGGAGGAUUUUACAGUUUACGGUUUGUUUCGAUCGCCAAAAGAGACGCGGUCGAGCCGGUCAGGAAUUUGAAGGCUGGGAAAAGCUUACAAAAAGUAAGGAUGCUUCUUGCACAGGCGGUGACGUUCGUCGUCGCCGUCGUCGCUCUCGCCGGCGCUGCCGAAGAAAAAAAAUGCGAGAGAAACAUCCUGUGGACCGGCGGUUCCUUCGAGUGGCCUUGCCCGGUCACGAAGAGCAUGUUCCAGAAUAGUGGUCGUUACAUCUCGAAGAAUGUCCUCGCCACUAGGGCUGCGAUCUACAAGGAUGACGCCAUCCUGGCUUUACCUAGGGAUUUAAGUUCUAACAAGGUGAUGCUGGGAAAUUGGAUUAGUCCGUGUUCAGCCGAUAGAACUCGUGGUACACACGCGGCAUACUUCUCCUGA